AUGAUACGAGAUCACGAUCCUGGUUCCGCUGCGUACUCCGGCUACCAGAACACCUUCCUGCGACGAUCCUCGCCUCCGGGAAGCCCAGCCAUAAAAAAGUGUUGCUACGAGCACGAGAGCUACGCCACCCCUAAAGAGACGUCCUUCUUUUGUUGCUGCUACAGCUGUCCGGGAACCAGAUCCACCUCGAUCCUAGCAACCCUGGGGGUGUGCUGUCUGGUGCUGGGGUAUACCAUCCUGGGCGCCUUCGUCUUCAUGGCUUUAGAAGGGGGGCUGUACCAAGACACAGCCGUGGCCGCAUCCAAGGCCAACCCCAAGGGACAUACGGCUAUUGGGGACUUGAGGGCUGAGACCGUGGAUAGGCUGUGGAGCAUCACAGAGAAUUUAAACAUCCUGUAUAGAGAGAACUGGACCAGGCUGGCUGCGGAGGAGGUGCUGUUGUUUCAAGAAGCCCUGUUCAAGACCUUGAGGAAGGAGAGCGGCUAUGUCAGUUCCAGUAUGGGGACCAUGACGUACUACCAGAAUCUGCACAAGUGGAGCUUCAGUUCCAGUUUUUUGUACUCUCUAACGCUCAUAACCACCAUAGGUGAGUGCAGUACUAUAAACAUUUUAAAUAUUAACCAAAUCUAG